UUUUUUUUUUGAUGGACUUACAAUGCAUUUCUUUUUAACUUUAAAUGAUUUUUAGGCCCAUAUUUAAAAGAGUAUUUUAUUCUGCCAUGACUUACUAGAUAGCUUACACACAAUGAACACAGUUCUGCUGUCAUGUUGACAUAUGGCUGUAGGAUCAUGUGAAUGUUUAGUGUACUCAUGCAAAAUACUUAAAAAGAUUACAAGUGUUUUCUUAAAAUGGACAAAGUACAGGGCAUUGUCAGUUUAUUCUCUUAAAGGGACAGCUUGCUCAAAAUUUCAGCAACCCUACCCACUAAAUAUAUCUUUUCCCACCAGUAAUCACUGAUAUUUAACCCUUUCAUUAGAUCUUAAAAUUUGACACAAUUUUGCCUUUAUGGCAGAAAAAAUGUUCCAAGAGUUGAAUCAAGAGUAAUCACAUUUAUUUUUUGUAUAUUCUGAUGAUUCACACUCAUUCUCUAUGAUCUCCUGAAACCCACUGUGACCAACUGUAAUUAUUAGAAACCGUCGACAUAUGGCUGGAACAUAUUUCUAAACCUAAUGUUCAACUUUCAUUUUAUUGCAUGCAAUGUAGUGUCUGAAAAUUCUAGGUCAUGCAGGUCAUCUAUUACCCAGCAGUAAGUGAAAGGAAAAAGGACAGAAUGUAUAUUUGUCUUUGAUCACUACUAGAAAACAGCACAUCUGGCUCACGAACAUUCACCCAACAAGAGAACAGACUCAAUAUUGAAGGGAAAUCUCAUUUAAUUCCAACACUGAUAAGUUAUUUCAUACACAAGAACAUCUUGUCUACCUCGCACACUCACCGCCUCCCAUUUAAAUCCACAUUUAAUCCAUUUAAGGUUACAUACUGUACCUCUUUGCUCACUGAGUUAGUUUGUUGCCGGGUAAGAUGUCCGCACAUCGCACCCUGGGACGAGACAGAAUAGUUUGUCCUGACGCCCAACCUGUGAUGUCACUGCUGUGUUCAGCCAUACAGACUGAACAGAGAUGUGUGACUGACAUGUUGCCUCUAACUACCCCUGAGGAUUCAUAAGAUCAAAUGAAAAGGACUUUGUUGCUCAUAUCUCAUCUGAAAACAUCCUUCUAAUUGUAUAAUUAGACUCAGCAUGUAAAUUGAUUGCCUGGCUCCUGAAAGUUUAUUUAAGAUUGUUUUAAUUUUUGUACAAUCAUGGACUCAGUCAAUUAAAAUAUCUGUAUUUCUGUUUCUCACUGAGUAAAGUGAGUGCUUCAUUAUGAAUCCAACAUAUUAGACAUACUGUAUAUUCAAUGAAGUAGCAUUACAAGAGUAUUUUAUAAUGGUCCAAACAUCCAUGACUAUCAAUGAAAAGGCUUGAUGGCACAAAUAAAAUGCACAAUAAAAUACAUCUGAUGCAUCUGGGUGAAAUUAGGUUAACAGGCCAUGUUAUCAUUUGGGCUUCAUCCAAAUAGAAGAGGAGCUGACCUUUUACCAGUACAGGUUUUUCCGGUGUUCGUUUCUGAGAAAACAGGUUGAUAAAAAUAAAAACCUCAAAUAGAGGUAAGAGAUUAGUUGCACAUUCAUGUCAGUCAUCCGCUGUCAUCAGAGCAUCUGCACGCCACACAUUUUUGACAUAACAGACAAGAAUCUAGAGAUACUGCGGUGAUAAAUGUACAAAAACUUGCUGACUUCUUGGUGUACCUUGGAAGUGCUAUCUCACAUUUAUUCCUCUGUAGAAGGAGGCAGUACGUCAGACUAAUAGUACCCACCCAUAAAAUAAAAUAAUCAUGCACAUAGAGGAAGUAGGAGCAGCCAGACUCAACUCCUCCACAUGUGCAACUCAGCUGCGGUACUGUUCUCACGAAGAGAUGCUUUCAGUGAGCCAACAGCUAAUAGGACAGGAGAGAAGUGUAGGGGGGUCAAUUAGAAACAGCUUCACAGUGUGGCAGGAACAGGAUGUGGUGAACAGAGUGAGCUGGUAAAACAUGAGGCUCGUCUGUUCCUCACUCUUGACACUGUCUGUAAAAUCAACUCAGCCUUUCCAAAUAUAGAUUGAUCAGGUUUUGCCAUGUAUUUAACCUACAUUUGGAGGGAGUGACUUCAGCCCCGUCCUGUCUGGCACCUGUUUGACUGUUUGGAGGCGAGAUGACACAAAACGGUGCCAGGACUGCUAAUGGUACCGCCACAAAAAAGGGAGAAGAACUUAAAAUUGUGAUCGUGGGAGAUGGAGGCUGCGGGAAAACAUCUCUUCUGAUGGUUUAUGCCAAAGGUGAUUUUCCAGAGAAAUACGCCCCAUCAGUGUUCGAAAAAUAUGUCACCACAAUCUCUCUUGGAGGAAAAGAGAUAAAGCUCAACCUGUACGACACAGCUGGUCAGGAAGACUAUGACAGGCUGCGUCCGCUUUCUUACCAAGAAGCCAAUCUGGUUUUAGUCUGCUUUGAUGUCACCAGCCCCACCAGCUUUGAGAAUGUCAUGAUAAAGUGGUACCCAGAGGUGAAGCACUUCUGUCGGGACAUUCCUGUCAUCCUGAUUGGCUGCAAGACUGACCUCAGGAAGGAUAAAGAGUGUGCAAGGAAGCUGAAGGCCAUGAAUCUGGCUCCCAUCACUUACACACAGGGCGAAGAGACCCGGCAGCAGAUGAACGCAGAGCUCUACCUCGAGUGUUCAGCGAAGUAUCAGGAGAACGUGGAUGACAUUUUCAGAGAAGCCACCAAAAAAGUGUUGGCAUUCAAUCGGAAACAUAGGAACAACAGGAGGAGGAAAAAAUGUGUCAUUUUGUGAGGUUGAAAAAAGACAGAACCUUUCGAGGAGUCCUGCUCUCCUCGCAGACUCCUCAUGUUCACAUUCAGAAACUAAGACGUUCAGAGUCCUAGACAGAUGUGGAAACAGCUGCAUGACUGCUGGUUCAGAAAGUCAAGAAUUGUCUCUGUAAGUUCGGGCUCCCCCCCCACCUUUAACCGUCACUAGCAAAUGCCGAUGAUGAUGCAACAGGAAAGACAAUUUUGCAAGAAGUUUCAGUGUGGAGAUUUUCUCUGUUUCAAAUGCAAUUCAGUGGCAAGAACAGUCUCUUGGUAACAUUGGAUAUAUUUCUAAUGCCUUCUUUAAAUGUAUUUUUACUUUGUAUGAGAAUGUUAUAUUUUAAUAUUUUUUAUUUUUUUAAAGUCUAAAUCUUUG